UAUUUUAAGCUGUGAUGUCUUUCCACAUAAUCUUUACCAGACAAAAGAUGUGUUUACAAAUAAGCUAAACAUUAUUACUAUAUUGUUAUAUGCAGUGUUGUGUGGGGCUUACUUUGCAGUGAAAUGAAGGCUGUUGAAUUGGCCAAGUUCAGUAUGAUAUUGAAAGUUGUUCUCAAGAUUAUUAUACCAGGAUAUAGUUUUUGGCAUGACCUAAAUGUCAGUCUUACCUCAUUAUUAAAAAUGUCUUUUCUUCAGAUUUAAAAAUGUCUGAAGCUGGGGAAACAUCAAACACUCGUCAGUGUGUGUUCUGCAGCCAGGUAUUCUCCUCAAAGGAUGAAUUGCAAGCACACUUCAGACGUCAUGCAAAUCGUGAAAUAGAUAUAAAGGAACCUCGGGUGGUGGAGAAGAAGACUGAAAACGGGAGUCCCAGUAAAGCUGUGGGUGAAAAGAAUAACGCGCCUGUUUCUCCAAAGGCUGUAGAUAAUGCAGUUUGUGAUGUAUGCGGUGAACGUUUCAGCACCGUUUCCCUUGCCAUCUCUCACAAGUUUCGCAAACAUCCAGAGUCUGAAGUGAAACAUUAUUGUCCACACUGUGGCAUGAUGUUCCCAAUAAAGGUAAAUCGUGAUAAUCAUGUCCUGGCUCACCCGGCAAUUACACCAAAGCAAGUUUUUCCAUGUAUGUCAUGUGGUGUAUCUUUUUACAAUCUUGCAGCUAGGAAGUUUCACAUGGACUCUGCUCACAAAGGGUCUAAUCGCAUGAUUAACCCUAUUGACACUCCUGCUCCCAGUUUGAAAAUAGUUCUGAACAAUGCAGGUGAAGCUUAUAGCGUAUAUUACUGUCAUCUGUGCGGCUGUGAAUAUCAAGUAAAAUACAACCUUCAAAAGCAUCUCGAGACCCGUCACUCUGAAUUGGAACGCACCUCUGUGCCAGAGCAAAUAGUUCAGUGCAAUUUGUGUACAGCUCUCUUUUAUUCUAAGAGGGCCUAUGAAGCACACAGUCACCAUCACAGGGAAUCAGACUUAUAUGCUACUAAUGAGGCAAUGAGGCAGAGUAUAGUGCAAAGAAUCGAUCAAGAUUUUGACCAGCGAAGAGUUCCAACAACUAUAGAAAGGUACUUAUCAGCUUCAGCAGUUAGUUCUAAUCGAUCAGCCACUUGGCGUAAUAUCAGAGCAGCAAGACGAAAAGAGGAGCUGCUGAUAUCUCGCCCGAAGCAGAAACACAUUGAAACCAAGGAGCUUGUCGUUAAAAUUAAUUCUAAGUAUGUGCCAGUUGCUUCCAAAAAAUCAAGAACUCAUUCCUUAACUUCCAGUUGCUCAGUGUUGCCUACUAGUGAUUUAAACGAGAAGAGUGUUUUUAGUGACGGCAGUACUUCUGAAGAUAUAGAUGAUUAUUUGCAAAGUGAAAAUCUUUGCUGGGGAAUGGGAAGCAAAAGUACAUCGAAGAAACGAAUGCUCAAUGACUCUGAGGAGGAUGACUCUGAAGUCGAACUUUAUUAG